UAGAGUUAAAGCCGGUUUGAGUUUAGAGGCCGGCCGCUGGACAAGGAAGGAGGGGUGGUAGUUGUUUGGGUGACAGCCGCAGAGGGUGGCGGGCGGACACGGCGCCGGUUGGUAUCAAUUCCUCCCUCAGUCAGAGUCACGCGGUUCCUUUUCUCCUCCUCCCUCCCCCUUCCUUUUUCUUCUCGGGCGCGCGCCCUCGUUCUCAUUCGUUUGUUUCUCUCGAUCCUGUUGCUGCUGGGAAUCUGGUGUGGGCAAGACCAUGGCGGAGCAGGACAAUAGGGCUGUUUUAAUAAGUGAGACCAGACAGCGUUUUGAGACAGAAUACAUCCCAGCAAAAUCAGAUGCAUAUGAUUCAAGAGAUGUGGAGAGAUUGCAGCAAGACGAUUCCUGGGUUGAUAACUAUCUCAUAUGGCAACAUGAUUCUGUGGAUGAAACACUGAAGAUGAUUGAUGAAAGCUUUCAGUGGAGGAAGGAGUAUGCAGUUCAUGACUUGACAGAAUCUUCACUUCCAAAGUGGCUGUUUGAAGUUGGUGCCCUUUAUCUGCACGGUUACGAUAAGGAAGGCCAUAAAAUAUUUUGGUUCAGAGUGAAACUUCAUACAAAAGAUGCUAAAACACAACAUGAGAAAAAGAAACUGGUAGCCUUUUGGCUAGAGCGCUAUGCCAGGAGGGAACAUGGGAAACCAUUAACUGUGGUGUUUGAUAUGGCUGAAACUGGACUAAGUAACAUGGACUUGGAUUUUGUCCGGUACAUCAUUGGCUGUUUCAAAGUCUAUUAUCCUAAUUAUCUCUCAAAAAUUGUGAUUUUUGAAUUGCCCUGGAUAAUGAAUGCUGCCUUUAAGAUUGUGAAAAGCUGGCUUGGUCCAGAUGCUGUAGGUUUUCUGAAGACAGUCAAUAAGAAUGACAUCCAAGAGUAUAUCAGUGCUGAAUACCUACUACCUCAUAUGGGAGGAACUGACACCUUCAAGUACCGUUACCCUCCGCUUGUGGAUGAUGAUUUUCAAACUCCAUUGUGUGAAAACGGGCCUAUUACUAGUGAAGAUGAAACUGAAAGCAAAGAAGAGAUAGACGUGGACAAUAAGGAGAAUCCAGAUUCUAAUGAAGAGCAAGGGUCCAGUUCAAAAAAGACGAAUCUCACAGAUCAAAUUCCCAAGCCAGAAGAGAGUGAUAAAGUGGAUUCCAAAGCAAAAAAUGCAAAGAAGGCACUAACAACUUUUAAAGGACUUUUAUUGCACAUCAGUCCAGCAGAGGAACUGCAUUUUGGGUCCAAAGAAACAGGAGAAAAGAAAUGCUUGAUUGUUCUAACAAAUGUGACUAAAAAUACAGUGGCGUUUAAGGUGAGAACAACUGCUCCUGACAAGUACCGAGUAAAACCAAGUAACAGCAGCUGUGAACCAGGCACAUCACUAGAUAUAGUAGUGUCUCUUCAUGGUGGCUGUACAGCUUCCCUGCAAGACCGCUUUUUGAUUAUGGCAGCAGAAAUGGAUCAGUGCUCUGGAACAGGAACUCAAGAAUUGGCUCAGUUUUGGAAAGAAGUUCAAAGAAACAAAGUGAUGGAGCACAGAUUGAGAUGUCAUGUUAUAGAAAGCAGCAAGCCUUCGACUUUAACAAUAAAUGAGAAUGCCUGUAAUGUCCCUGCAAAAACCAGUGAAGAUCUAUACUUCCAGCUAACACAAGUAUUGCACAGUAAUAAAAGGCUUCAAGAACAGAUUGAUCGAUGUGUCUGGCUCCAGCAAUUGACUACGGUGUUAGUAUUGCUACUAGUUGCCAAUGCUUGUUUCUACGUGUUAUUCUCUCAAGGAAGAUAAAUAGCAAUGCCCUGUACAAUAAAUGCUGCCUAAGUAAUUCAGUGUGAGAGGAACUGAUAGUGGUUGGAGGAACUGUGGAACUGCCCAAAAGGCAAUCUGUAUGGGCUUCCCUGGAAGCUGAAAAUCACGAGACUGAGCCAUGCUAUUCAACAGCAGAUAGACCUUGAUGGUUCAAGAGGAAGGACAAAAAUAAGAUAUUAAAGUAGUCAG